GUCGAUUUACAACUGACAUUUUUCUGUUUAAACUGUAAGUUUACUGGAUAGCAGCUGGAACAUUACUUAAAAAUGCUGGUUCUUUUCUUUGAAAUUGUUCAAUUGAGUGAUUAUUUAUUAACACUAUCACUAUCUUUUUUUUAAAGUACAUCUCAACAAUGGCCGAAGAAGCUAAGAAGAGAACUUUGAUAGCUGUUAUAGGCGACGAAGACACUGUCACUGGAAUGCUUUUAGCUGGUGUUGGUCAGAUCAGUAACGAUGCUACUGAGUCCUACAAACAGAAAAAUUUCAUUGUUGUUGAUUCCAAGACCACUGAUGAUGAUUUGGCAAAGGCUUUUGACAAUUAUACAACCAAAAGAGAUGACAUUGCAAUUAUAUUGAUCAAUCAGCAUUUGGCUGAAAGAAUUCGAUUUAAAGUUGAAAACUUUACAGCUGCUUUUCCUGCAGUUCUAGAAAUUCCAUCUAAAGAUCACCCAUACGAUCCUGAAAAGGAUUCUGUUUUAAGAAGAGUUAAGAGACUUUUUGGUGAAUAAACUAGUGUUUAGGUUAUAUCUUUUUAUAUUGUUUUACUGAACAUUUAAUAGGAAUUAUAAUUGUAGAACUUUUACAAAUUUACUCUUCAGUUCUGGCUUUUUACUUUUAUUUUCACUAAUAUUUUUUUUACAUAUUACUUCAAAUACUUAUAAGACUGAUACAUUUUUUAAAUAAAUAACAAAAAUUGAAGUCGU